AGGUUCGCUGACAGCCAGCGCUACAUUCAUACAGUUCGUCCCCAGUACUAGGAGGGGUGCGUCUGCCUUGCAGUCGAGGUUCUUUCUGCUGUGUUCAAAGAUAGUUGGACGGUUGUCUUACUUAUAUAUUGUAUUUUAAUCUGCCGUUGUGAACGCAGAAACUGUCAGCAUGAAUCCCCUGUGUGGCAGAUGUAACAAAGUGGUGUACCCCACGGAAAAAGUGAACUGCCUGGACAAGUUCUGGCACAAAGGAUGCUUCAGCUGUGAAGUGUGCAAGAUGACUUUAAAUAUGAAGAAUUACAAAGGCUUUGAGAAGAGGCCGUACUGCAAUGCACACUACCCCAAGACCUCUUUCACCAGUGUGGCCGACACCCCAGAGAACCUCCGUCUGAAGCAGCAGAGCAAGAUGCAGAGCCAGGUGCUGUACAAGGAGGACUUUGAGAAGAACAAGGGAAAGAACUUCAGCGCGGUGGCUGACACACCGGAGUUUCAGCGUAUCAAGAAGACGCAAGAUCAGAUCAGCAAUAUCAAGUACCAUGAGGAGUUUGAGAAGAGCCGCACGGGUGGAGAAUCACCGUCUCCUCAGACUAACACCUUCCAAGGCUUCCAUCAGCAGUCUGUGGAGCCUCACAACUACCACUAUGACCCAAGCCCUGAGCCUACGCGUCAUGCCGCUCCUGUAACACCUAAUGCUGGGGGGAAGCGGUUCCGGGCUGUGUAUGACUAUGCAGCAGCGGACGAGGACGAGGUGUCAUUCCAGGAUGGCGACGUGAUCCUGGAUGUGCAGCAGAUCGACGAGGGCUGGAUGUACGGGCGUGUGGAGCGCACAGGGCAGCAGGGGAUGCUGCCCGCCAACUACGUGGAGGCCAUGUGAGAGUGGAGAAGAGACAGCCAGAAGUAGAGGAGAGGGGCAGAGGAGAGUGUCAGACCCCAGCAUGCCAUCUCAUUUUAUGAUACACUUUCUUAAUUUAGCUUGCUUGUUUGUUUAACUCUACCCCCCCCCACCAAAAAAAAGCCCUAUCACUCAGUUUUCCCAGUGCAAUCUCUCUCUCUCUCUCUCUCUCUCUCUGCCUUCCUCUAUUUAAGUAAUGAAAACUAAAGUGCAGUCAAAGGUGAGCGCAGUGGCACUGACAGUUGUGUGCCAUAGCUCAAUCUCCCCCCCCCCUCCCCCCAACAAAACCCCCACAAGUACUUACUGUUCUCAGAGGGCAAGCAUAAUUGCAUUUGUCUUUUGGGCUCCAGCUGCAGUAGGACAUUGUGGACAUUGCUCAUGUGAAAGCAUGCAAAUAGGCAUUGCACAGUCCUUGGGUACCCCACUGUCCACUAGCAGGUGCCAGCCAGCUUCUCUCAUACCCCUCCUUAUUCUCCUUCUAAGUGUGGUACAAUCGUCAGUGAAUCAUAAAACCAGGACUGGAAUCUUAACACAUUCCUUCAGUAGCUACUCCAGAAAUGCACUCUCAAAUUACACAAACCUUUAUAUGUUUAUAUCUACAGUAUAUGGGAUAAGUUAUGUAUGCAGCAAAGCAUUUUGAAUACUACUUACUGAUAUGAUUUAAAAUGCCUGAAUGAUUGAAGAAAGGGUAUUUAAAAUCUGUAUCAGCAUACAAAAGAAUCUUCGUAGUUUCCCAUGGGACAAGUACAUUAUACAAGAAAGAGGAAGCAAAGCUAAACAAAAGGGUAUUUUAGGCCAGUGUCGCAUUUUUCAGUAAUUUCUGCUUUUUGCUUUUCCGCACUGGCCUGCUUUCUUGUUAUCCGAGUAGGUGUGGUUUAAUUGCACUUUGGCAUGGUCCAUGCUAUGCUAGUGCCGGUGAGUGUGGUGUCACCGCCCAGCACCCCCUGUUUGCAAGGGAUCCUGGAACACUAGCAUGGUCUUGGCAUGGUCAUCGUGUUUUGCAAGGGUCUGUAUUCUCAUACAUAUAGCAUUUUUCUAUAAAGAAUACCAAAAUUGUGUGUUAUGUACUGCAAACUGUAGCUGUUUUACAGCUAGUUCAGAAAGGAAAAUAACUUAAGCUGGGCAUAUAGAUUUUUAAAGAAUUUUCAUCGUUGCAUUGUCAUUUUACCAUCAGCAGUCUGACAGAUGUGUUUAUAACAGAAUUUAUAACAUUUAUAACACAUUUUAACAGCACUGUUCUUGUUCCCAUAUCAUGUUGGUCAUAUUCUGAAUGUUGCCUUACAGAUGAGUUAUAGUAAACUAGUGGGUUUUAUACUAUCAGAUUUUUGGGCAGAUUUCAAAUUCCCAUCUCUUUAAAAAAAAAACUGCUUAUUCAGAGUCUGAGUUAAAUAGUGGUCUCUUCUUGUGUUUCAAAUGUUUCCUAUGCAAGACUUAACCGUGUGUGUCCGUUUAUUUUAAUGACUGAAUAGGCCUUCCAUGAGAAUUUACUGAAUCUUUAAAAUCAAUGAUAUAUUUGAAUUCAUUUUGGCUGAGCUGUGACACCUGCUGGUUUUAAAUGGGAGUGCAGGGUUGGUUGAAAAGUGAUUUCAUCCUGUGAGGUGUGGGCUGGUUUUACAGAAGCGGGAAUGCAUCAGUCCAGCCUCAUUGCAUUGUUUUAAAGGAGUGUCUGCAACAAAGCCGGUCAUUUAAUUAGAGAAACGUUUGGGGUGCUAUCACAAAUGAUUUGAGUGUGAAAUAGGUGAGGGAAAGAAUGCGUAUGAGUAGGGCUGGGCUGGCCAUCUGGCACACCAGGCAUGUUAUGGUGAGCCAAUGGAUAUGUAAGCCGGCAAAAUUUUUCUUAUGGACUCCCUCGUCCCUUAUUAACAAAAUGUGUCGUUCGGCAAAUGUCCCCGUGUAUGAAAAAAAUUUACCCUUUGCCUGUGGGAAUCCAAAGGUUUAGGACCAACUUUUAAUCCCAGUCCAGCCCUGCAUCCAAGUGUUUUCUUAAAUGAACACACCAAUGGGUGCAUAGAAACAGUAAAAUUUAUAAUAGCUAAGAUGCCUUUGUCUAAAGGAGAUGAGGGAAAAUUGCUAUUCCUGGUAUAGUCCAUCACCAACAAAAGUCACUCCUAUUCUUUGUUUGCAUGUGUCAUUAGUAUCCUUAUGUGUUAUUUGCCUUUUUCUGCCUUAAACAUUUUUGCGAUGAACCUUCACAGUGAUGAUCAUAAAUUGGGAGAGGGAAAGUUUAUUUUACUUAUAAAACUCUUUUGAAACAAAGUUCAAUAUUUUAUGUAAAUAUAAUCUAUGGUGACAAUGGUAAUAUGUCAGAAGUCAAGGACUAAAAUUUUAUGAUUUGGGCAGUGGUUGAUCAUGAUCAGCAUAAUCCUUUUUCAAUUUCAGAAACUUGACAUAAUUGUUCCGUGAAAUAACUGGAGUGUAAUAUCUAAGCAAAUUUGAGAUUAGUUGGUCAGAAAUUAUCCUUGAUGGUUGCGUUUCACUAUGCUUUAUUAGGCUACUAGUAUUUUCAGUUCCAAUAAACGUAUUGCACCUCAAGUGACAGCUACUGUGUACUACAUAGAAAGGGAUUGUUACUUUUUGCUUGUUUAACUUUGAAAUGGUGUAGCAUUACUUGUCUGCUUAGAGAUGCUUGUUGAAUAAGAAAUGUUAGCAGUGUGUAUAUUCAGGAGCCUUACUUGAAAUGGAGGGUUUCAGAUUGAAAGGAGGCCGGUUAAGGUUAAAAUUAAGGUUUUGAGUUGCCUUUGUUGGUCCACAGUGAGAAAGCAGGUUCUGAUUUAGAUGCUGUCUGAGCAGGAGUUCAGACCAGGGGCAAAAGUAAUAUUGUGCACACUUCCCUCAUUUUUCAAAACUCUGCUUCCUUUCAGUCGCAUUGCACAAUGAUUUGAGCAGUACAGUUGGCAUGCAACUUCUAAAUUCCACCUGUCCUGCUAACCUAUACUUAGCUACUAAGUGUAUAGAGUACUACUGCUAUUUCUCUAUUGCAGUUAGACGUUCUAUGUGCUGAAAUAAUUAUUUUGGCCAUCAAAUAUGCAGAGUAGAAAAGUUAUUCGUGCAUAAUGUCUUGGAACAUUCCAUUUUUCUUUUGCAUUUUAUUUUUAUAUACAAAUCAUGUAAGUCAUAAAUCAAUGGUUCUGACUGAAAUUGAAAAACUGGGAAAACAUUUUGCUGUGCUACUAGAUCCCUUGUACUGAUUGACCCAAGACUCAAUAAAAAUUUGUUUCUAACUGAA